AUGAAGCUUAUGGAGUUUGUGGGAACUGGAGGACUUGGUGUGGUAGAGUCUGCAUUGUUUGGUGGCUCACAUCGGAGGAUCGAGUGGGUGGUUCAUCAUUGAUGCUUCAACUGAUGUUGCUGGCGCUGUUUCUGAAAUUCUAUUAAGGUUUUUAUCACAGAAGUUAGAGUUUUGUUGUUUUGUUGUUUUUGAAGUGUUUGAAGUUUUAGAUUUUUUGAUUUUAAACGAGAGAAGUGCGGAAUCUUCCGCUUUAAACUUAAAGAUAAGAUAAGAAUCAUGUCUAUAGCUUGUUCGUUCUGGUACUAG